UCAAACUUCCUCAUUGAAUGUAGUCUUUAAUCGCAAUCGAGGAUUUUCCCUGUUAAAAUCCAUUUUUCGUUUGGAAGUGCGACGCUCAUGAUGUUAAUUCUAACACUUUUAGGACUACUGAUGCUAAAUGGGUAUUCAGGCUACGGUAUCCCUGGUAACAAGGGUCUUAUACUGGGGAUAUGGAAUCCUGCGUCGCUAGCCACCAUUACAGAAAUACCGAAAAGCCGUGGAAGACACUUCAACAACGUCUCCACAACUCUUAAAUCGGGAAAUCUGAUCACCAGCAUUGCAUCAGAUCCACAAAAGAAAGUUGUUUUUCUCUCCAUCAAAGAUUCUAUUUACAACAUGAAGAAUUUCAGUAUAUGGCAGAAUACCUCUACCUCGGUUUCAGUCGAGCACAAAGGGAAGUCUAAUGCGAUAGGCCAAAUCGCUUUCGACUAUGUUUCAAAGAACUUAUAUUGGUGCGAUUCUUUGCUGAAGUGGAUUGCCAUGAAACCAGCAUACACGAACGAUACGAUACAUAAUGUCGUAGUGGAUGAAAAUUUGAAGCAACCGGAAGGAUUGACAUUGGACCCUGAAGAUGGAUUGAUGUUCUUUUCUGACAAUGCCGCCAAUUCCCGGAUUGAAAAAGCCUCCAUGAACGGAAAAAACCGAUCUGUCAUAGUACAUACUGGUUUGAUUAGAGUGCUGGCUCUCUCUGUUGACACUGGUACUAAUGUACUCUACUGGGCAGACUAUGCUAGACACACCCUAGAGGCCUGUAACUAUGAUGGAUUAAGGAGAAGGGUGUUAAAACGUUUAAAUCAGGUUUCAGUGACUGGAUUGCAAUACUAUCAGAAUAUGCUGCACGCUGUUAGCACUGGAGCUAAAACGGUGUUUGGUAUAGACACGACAUCAGGAUCAUCUCUUUACAGCUUAAAGCUCGAGUCAGCAAAGCCAUUCGCUGUUCACGUUUACGAUGAAGAGACACCCAAGUAUUAUUUAGACCCGUGUUCUUCUCGAGGCUGUCAACAUAUGUGUGUUAACACUCCUACGGGCCCCACGUGUCUCUGUGCCGAAGGCUCCCGACUCUCCACAGACAGCUUGACGUGUACAGAAAGUUCAUGGAUCAACGAAGAUGGUUUCGUCGUAAAUAAUGCAACAACAUUUUUCCUGUUUAGCGUGCUCUCCGUCAAUGGAAGACGUGGCCAGAUUCCGUAUCUUAGCGUUUCAUCUUCCUUCAUCGAGACCUUUGCUGUCGAUGCCAAUUUGCAUGUUAUCUAUUAUAUAGACAGCAAAAAUAGAGCAUUAAAGGAAUUAAACAUCGUCAAUAAGCAGAUCAGAAAAUUGGCAUCCGUGUCAUCCGCUAGAGAUCUCAUUUUUGACUGGAUUUCCAAUCUUCUUGGAUGGAUUGAACCUCACCAGUCUAGCAUCAGGACCUUCUCCCUGAAUUCUCGAACAAUUUCAACAAUCUAUUCUGGACUUCAACGGCCCGUUUCACUAACGUUGGAUGCACAUAAUGGGUAUCUUUUCUGGAUUUCCGGAUCAUCAGGGAAGUCUAUAAUGCGAGGGACAUGGAACAGGGAUACUCCCAAAAUCAUUGUGUCGUCUGCAAAUAUGGGCAAUCCCAGUUCUCUCCAUUAUGACGUCACAAGUAGCAGAAUAUACUGGCUUGAUGGUACAAUUAUUAAAAGCUGUAUGGUCAAUGGAUCUGACAUUAAAAGCCACAUCAUCGCAGUUGGUGCAACGCAGGCAUUUGCAUAUAAGGAUUUCUUUGGUUGGAUAUUUGGGAACAAACUUCAUUUUGCCAGAAAAUCAGCAUCGACUAAGGAGGUUGAUGUGGAUGCAGUAGAAAACGCAAAAGAAGUCACCGUGUACGAUUCUUCUCUACAACAGGACAGAAGAGGUAGUUGUUAUGUCCUGAACGGUGGUUGUGAAGAUAUAUGUAUAUCGACACAGAGUGGUCGGAAAUGUGAAUGCGACCUUGGUCUUCAGCUUCAAUCAGAUUUGAAAACAUGUGACAGUAGCGUGUUCUCGACCAAUUUCAUUCUGGUCGCGGAUUACUCACACGGAAGAAUCGUACAGAUCGACAUUAGCACGGGGAAUCUGGUUAAAUUACCAAUAAGUAUAAGGACGGUUCCCGGGAUCGCAUUUGAUAAAACAACAAUGGAAAUCUUCUACUCCGAUACCACGACGAAAACUAUUAUGUCCACUUCGUUACAUGGACAGAACACGACUCUAUUCUACACAACAGGUUUUGCUUAUGCUGAUCGUUUGGCGAUUGACUAUUCAACAGGAAUCAUUUACUACACCGCAGUGGGACCAACCCCCAGUCAGAGUUAUAUUGGAGUGGUCCAUCGAAAAAUAUCCCUUCAUAAGACUUUGUUGUCUAACCUGCACAGACCAAGAGAAAUUGUGCUGUACCCAUCAAAAGGUUUCUUGUACUGGACAGAGUUUGGAAAUAUAACUGAAAUAGGUAGAGCAUAUAUGGACGGAACGUCGAAAAUCUAUAUUGCAACAACUGAUCUUGGAUGGCCGAACGGUCUUGCAAUUGAUUAUACAUCUGAGAGACUCUACUGGACGGAUGGACUAAAGAACCGCAUCGAGUAUUCUGAUUUGAAUGGCGGAAACAGACGAGUUCUGACGACGGAUAAUGAAGCACAUUUAAUGAAUAUUGUGAUACAUGAGCAUUAUCUGUAUUACACCGCAUGGAAUCGACAACGGAUUACAAAAAUGGACAAAGAAACAGGUUCUAAAGUUACCUUUAUGUCAAACCAUCCAGAGCUUGGUCGACUUGACAGUCUUGCUAUAUAUGCAGAUGAUAUGAAUGAUGUGAGCACAACUUGUUUGAGGAAGAACGGCAAUUGCAGCACAUUUUGCUUUCCUACGCCAUUCGGAAGAACAUGUGGGUGUCAGGACAAUGUGGAUCUACAAUCAGACCAAACCACGUGUCAAGGAGUGUCUCGCUGUAUUACUCCACAGAACGUGGAGUUGCCUGACUGCGUUCCAUAUCCUGGUCAGACUUGCGAAUUUAAGUGCAAACCCGGAUACCGAUUUGCCAACAGCAAGUAUGUUACUUGUGAUGCUUUCGGCAGAUGGGUUCCAUCCGUAUCUUCCUUGUGCAUUGAAAACACAACUGCACAGCAAAAGAACGACAGUGUUCAAACGUACAUUUAUAUCGGAUCAUCGAUUGCGGGGGCUACUGCAAUAGUAAUUGUAAUAGUUGCUGUUGCGUGUUACAUCAAAAGAAAACCAUAUCGGGAAAACAAGUCUGGAUUCUUCAAUAGUCAAUACGUAUGAAAUUAAUCAAAAUAUGAGAUGAAAUUGUCAAACUUUCAUAACUUAUCAAAGUUUGCAUUAUCAUAGUUAUGUUGUUAUGUCAUGUUUAUCAACUGACCCACGGAAGUACAGGCCAAUACGUCAAAGAAACGAAUACCAGUCCUAGCCUAUUUUAACUGUUGACGCAAACCAGAAGAAAAAUGCAUCUCAAGAGAUUAAGAUAUUUCUGAAUUUUUUAGAAAUAAAAUUUGAAUGAUAUCUAUU